AAUUGUCAGGCAGGAGCAUUAUACGGAUAGCUUUAAUAACCGGUGUCACUGACAUCAUAGCAUCAUUGACGUAGUCUCUCUGUUGAAUGGGGGCAUGCUGUUAAAUAAUGAAUUUUGCUCGGAUCACGUGGUCAAGCCUCUAAAUAAUUCAAACCGUUUUUACAUCACGAUACCCCCAGUCUGUACUUGCCCGGCUGGGAAGCUCGCAAAUACAGCAUCGGAAAUGGAGAUUUAGCAGGGCCCCAACGACACUAAUCCGCACGGGGCAAAAGCGACUAGCAUCCUUGAGCCACGAAACCUCUACUGAGAUGAGGACAGAAGCUGUCAUGGACUGUCUGUGAGGAGUGGAGAAAAAUAGAGCGAGAGAGUGAGGGCUAGAGAGAGCAAGAGAGAGAGGGAGGGAGAGAAGGAGAGUGAUAAAUCCCUUUUUCUGCCACUCCCAUCCAGCCUUCAGUCACAACAUUGGGUAGUGGGUUCCUCCCUCCCCCAACCCCACCAAGGCCUUGCCUAACACAGAGAGACAAAGCAUCCCCUCUUCCACCUGCCUACGUUUGCCUACCUUCCCCUUCUCUGCCCCUACCCAGGAUUUAGCCUUGUGACUCUAGGGUAGCCCCUCCCAAGAUGAGCGCAGUCUUUGCCAAACUGGACCCCCGUCGGGUCCAGUGGGAGUCGACAUGGUACGCCUUCCACUCUCGCAUCCUGCGGACCAAGCCUGUUGAGUCCAUGCUGGAUGGAGGCGGGGGUGGGACUGGCCCACAUGGCACCAAGCUGGCACGGGUUCUGACCACUGUGGACCUGGUGUCCCUAGGCGUGGGCAGCUGCGUUGGCACUGGCAUGUACGUGGUUUCCGGGCUCGUCGCCAAGGAGAUGGCAGGCCCCGGGGUUAUCAUGUCCUUCAUCAUUGCAGCGGUGGCCUCUAUUCUCUCAGGAGUGUGUUACGCGGAGUUCGGCGUGCGUGUGCCUAAGACUACAGGCUCAGCCUACACCUAUAGCUACGUGACCGUGGGCGAGUUUGUGGCUUUCUUCAUUGGCUGGAACCUCAUCCUGGAGUACCUGAUUGGCACAGCGGCGGGGGCCAGUGCACUCAGCAGCAUGUUUGACUCCCUGGCCAACCACACCAUCAGUCGCUUCAUGAUCAACAACAUUGGAACCCUCAACGGCCUGGGGAAGGGUGAGGAGUCGUACCCGGACCUCCUGGCCCUGGUUAUUGCCAUCCUGGUGACAGUGAUCGUAGCCCUGGGGGUGAAGAACUCUGUGGGGUUCAACAACGUGCUGAACGUCAUCAACCUGGUGGUGUGGGUCUUCAUGAUGGUGGCCGGCCUCUUCUUCGUCAGUGGAUCCAAUUGGGACAAUGGCAGGUUUCUGCCUUAUGGCUGGUCUGGGGUCAUGCAAGGUGCUGCCACCUGCUUCUAUGCCUUCAUCGGGUUUGACAUCAUCGCCACUACAGGCGAGGAAGCCAAGAGUCCCAACACUUCCAUACCCUACGCCAUCACCGCCUCCCUGGUGACCUGCCUGACGGCUUAUGUCUCCGUCAGCGUUAUCCUAACCCUGAUGGUUCCCUAUAACGACAUCGAUGGUGACGCGCCACUGAUGGAGAUGUUCGUGGUGCAUGGGUUCCAAGCGGCCAAGUACAUUGUGGCCGUUGGCUCCAUCGCAGGGCUGACCGUCAGCCUGCUGGGCUCCCUAUUCCCCAUGCCCCGAAUCAUCUACGCCAUGGCGGGGGACGGCCUGCUUUUCAGAUUCCUGGCCCAUGUGAGCACGUACACAGAGACACCAGCGGUGGCCUGUGUGGUUUCGGGGUUCCUGGCAUCCCUGCUGGCCUUGCUGGUCAGCCUGCGGGACCUGAUCGAGAUGAUGUCUAUCGGCACCCUCCUGGCGUACACCCUGGUGUCCGUCUGCGUCCUCCUCCUGCGCUACCAGCCCGAGAGCGACAUCCACGGCUUCGUCGACUUCCUGACCGAGGAGGGCGGCAAGAAGAAGGAGGGCGUGCUGGCCGAGUGCGAGAAGGACGCCUGCUCCCCUGCCAGCGAGGGCGAGGAGUACGGGGGCCCGCCCAACAACACCUGCGGCGCCAAGAACCUGCCCUCACUGGGCGACAACGAGAUGCUAAUCGGAAAGCCAGACAAGUCGGCCUAUGCCCCCGGCCACCCCAACUACGGCACGGUGGAGAUGGGCUCCGGCAUCGAGGCGGAUGAGUCGGAGAGCGUCUACGUCAUGAAGCUGAAGAAGCUCCUGGGGCCCCGAUACUACACCCUGCGCAUCCGCCUGGGCCUGCCCGGCAAGAUGGACCGGCCCACGGCCGCCACAGGCCGCACCGUCACCACCUGCGUCAUGCUCCUCUUUGUCCUCAUUGCGCUCUUCUGCUCCUUCGUCAUCUUCGGAGCCCAGCACAUCUCCAGGAGCAGCUGGUGGGCGGUGCUGCUGGUGGCCUUCAUGGUGGCGCUGAUGGCCGCCCUGAUCUUCAUCAUCCUGCAGCAGCCCGAGAACCCCAAGAAGCUGCCAUACAUGGCGCCAUGCGUGCCCUUCGUCCCCGCCUCCGCCAUGCUCGUCAACAUUUACCUCAUGCUCAAGCUCUCCAGUAUUACCUGGAUCCGAUUCGCUGUCUGGUGCUUUGUGGGCCUGCUGAUCUACUUUGGUUAUGGCAUGUGGAACAGCACCCUGGAGAUCACGGCCAAAGAGGAGGAGGCUCACGCUAGCACCUACCAACGCUACGACGCAGGUGUGGAUGACAGCUUUGCCAUGGACGAAGACCUAUACCCGCAGGACGACGGGAGCCAGUACCAGGGUUGGAAUGCCCCUGAGGAGAGGGGUUGCCAGUACCAAUACCAGUACCAGCAACCUCCUGCACCCGACGAGCUGGACGACAACAGAACCUCCUCACAGGGCAAGAGAACCAAAAGCAAAGGCAAAACCAAAAAGGGUUUUGAGGCCCUGGUCGCAGACGAUGAGAUGGACUACUCACCUGAAUGACUCUUUGGAUAAAUGUUUUUACCAAGGCCCUUGAGUCUAGAAUGUUAUCUUCCUGUUAGCUUCUUCUACCAUUCUUUCUCUCUUUCUUUUCCCUGUAUUUUAUCCUUCCUAUGUCCUUAUUUGGUUAUUUUAUUUAUGAUUUUAGUAGACAGCUUCAUUUGGUUGAGGUGACUUGACACUUAAUGUGUUGUUUUAGAUGACCAUCUUCUCUGGGGCAAAAAUUCUAAAAUAAUGGCUUGCACAGGAAACCUGUCAUUUAAGAUCAAUGCACAGGGUGUCCUGUUUCUGAAAAAUAUUCAUUUGAAAAAAGAAACAUUGCUGGAAAUGCACCCAACUAUGCUGCUGAAGGCAGUUAUUUCCAUUACAUAUUCAGGAUGCUUCCUGAAGCAUGCUUCUUUCCUAUGACACCAGGAGGUACUUUCCCUUCUUUCCAUUCUCCCUCUCUCUCUCUCACCCUCUUCAGGUGGCUAUGGAUUUUUGUGAGAAAUAAGUUGUGCACCAGUUGUGUCUUCUGCAAUGUUAAUUUCUCAUCAGUGCCACAACUUAUGCAGUUUAACCCAGCCAGUAGUAUAAUCGAAAGGUCCGUCUCAACCGUUCAAGCUGAAAUGAUUUGAUGCAUCGUAUGAAUGCUUAUAAAUAGGCACGUCUAAGGACAGUACUGGUGGUGAUGGAUGUUCUGUUCCUUACUUUACAAAAAUUUACCGGACUCUUGAAUAGGAGUGGCUAGCCCUGUUCCUGGAGAGUUGCAGAGUCUACUGUAUUUCAUUGUACCACAUCUUAGCUGGCUUUGUGUGUCCAGACAGAUGGAAUAGAAGAGCAUACUCUCUGGUUUCUGUACUGAGUCUGCGUCAAUGCUCAAAGAGUAUAUGCCCCAAGUAUUCCUCUGGUUGUUCCCUUCCAGAGUAUUGAUUUUCAUUCAUCAACACUAGGAAGCUUAGCCAGAU